GGGCAGGGCGGGGCGAGUGGCCUCGCCCCCUUCCCGGCUCGCGCUGCUCCCAUUGGCUGCGGCGGCGCUAGGCGGAUGGAACGCUGGGGCCUGGGCGCACGCGCUGCUGCUGAGGUUCUCAGCGGGGCUCAGCAUGAGCGAGCUGCGGCAGCGCCUGGGCCGGGAGCCCGACGACAAGGAGUCUGAGUCGGAGAACAAGCUGGAUGGAGAGACCGCAUCAGACAGCGAAAGCAAAUCGGAGUUUGGAGGGUCAGCUCCAGUACCUACCUCUGAUGACACUCCUGAGGUCCUCAACCGGGCUCUCUCCAAUCUGUCUUCAAGAUGGAAGAACUGGUGGGUGAGAGGCAUCCUCACUCUGGCAAUGAUUGCCUUCUUCUUCAUCAUCAUCUACCUGGGGCCCAUGGUUUUAAUGAUGAUUGUGAUGUGUGUGCAGAUCAAGUGUUUCCAUGAAAUCAUCACAAUUGGCUACAAUGUGUACCACUCAUAUGAUCUGCCCUGGUUCAGGACGCUUAGCUGGUAUUUUCUGCUCUGUGUCAACUACUUCUUCUAUGGUGAGACUGUCACAGAUUACUUCUUCACUUUGGUGCAGAGAGAGGAGCCUUUGAGAAUCCUUAGCAAAUAUCACCGCUUCAUUUCCUUUGCCCUCUACCUAACAGGUUUUUGCAUGUUUGUUCUGAGCUUGGUGAAGAAGCACUAUCGUCUCCAGUUCUACAUGUUUGGUUGGACCCAUGUGACUUUGCUAAUUGUUGUUACCCAGUCACACCUCAUCAUUCACAACCUGUUUGAAGGAAUGAUCUGGUUCAUCGUCCCGAUUUCAUGUGUGAUCUGUAAUGACAUCAUGGCUUAUAUGUUUGGGUUUUUCUUUGGCCGCACCCCACUUAUCAAGCUUUCCCCAAAGAAGACCUGGGAGGGUUUUAUUGGAGGCUUCUUCGCCACAGUUCUGUUUGGACUGCUGCUGUCAUAUGUUAUGUCUGGCUACCGGUGCUUCACCUGCCCUGUGGAGUACAACAAUGACACCAACAGCUUCGCUGUGGAUUGUGAUCCAUCUGAGCUUUUCCAGCUGCAAGAAUACAACAUCCCCCUGGUGCUACAGUCAGUCUUGGGCUGGAAAACAGUCCGGAUGUAUCCCUUCCAGAUCCACAGCAUCGCCCUUUCCACCUUUGCCUCCCUCAUUGGGCCCUUUGGAGGAUUCUUUGCCAGUGGGUUUAAAAGAGCCUUCAAGAUAAAGGACUUUGCCAACACAAUUCCAGGGCAUGGUGGCAUCAUGGAUCGCUUUGACUGUCAGUACCUGAUGGCUACCUUUGUCAAUGUGUAUAUUGCAAGUUUUAUCAGGGGUCCUAAUCCCAGCAGGCUGAUCCAGCAAUUCUUAACCCUCCGGCCAGACCAGCAGCUCCACAUCUUCAACACGUUAAAGGCACAUCUGGUUGACAAAGGGAUGCUGGCCAAUUCAGAGGAUAUGUAGACAUCCUGGCAUUUGGAACAGGGCUGAGAAGAGGGCAAGCAAUCACUUCCCCAAGGAAAUCCCAGUUUGCCUGAUUCAAGACAGUAAUCACAAGGCCUCAUGUCACUGUAUUUUUUUCUUCCCUUGUAAAUGUUUGCAUUUGUGGGUUUCUGUUUUUUUAUAAUGCAUAUUUAUAUAUAUGACUUUGGUUCAAGUCAGCCAAUCAUUAUGUCUAGCUGGGAGGGCAUCGGGGUUGGGAGGGUUGUCCAGCAAAAAGCAUCUGACAAGGCACAAAGGUUCUUGUAGUCCUGUGCACCUGUUGUUCUGGAUGUGUGUGGGCUGAACUUGACUCUGCUCUUCUGCACUCCCUCAGGGAGCCUGUUUAUGCUGGGAACAUGGGUAGGAGUUUUCUGCACUAAUGGAAGCUCCAGUAAAAGCAGAACAGCAGGCGCUGUUGCAUCUGUCUCUAACCCUGCUAAGCUGUGUCUAUACUAGGACAAUUGGGAGCCACACAACUCCGCCAGCGGUAUUUAUAUAAUAUAAAGAGGGCGCUGUUCUUUGAUUCCCCGCCCCCCACCCCCCAGCCCAUCUCUAACCCUCUUUGGCUAUGUAUAUGUUCAGAAAGCAGGGGACCUUUAACUCCCCGCUGGUGGUAGUUGUUACUUGGAGUCUUAAUUUCUUCAGUAUAGCCUGUCCUGCACAAAACCUUCAUGGUGGUAGGGGAGUAGAAAGUUUGAGCAAUCUGAAGGGAACUCCUGUGCUUAUCCAGCUUCAGGAUGUGUGUGUUGGCUAGUUACACAAGCCAACACACACAUCCACUUCAGCUUGCUCUCUUUGCAGGGUCUCCUGCAUUCUGCCACUCCAGCAAAUAUAUGGCCAAGACUGUUGAUUCCAAAUGUAACCAUAUAAACAGAAAGACAUGGUAUAUCUUUAUGUGAGGGGCGAGUACCAAGUGUUGCUGUGGGAGGUUUAAGUUGCAACUUAAAUCAGGAAUAUUUUUAUUUUUAAAAUACGUUAAAGUUGUUUUGUUAUUGAAGAAAUCAUGCUGAACAAGCUUUGAAAGGUUCAUGGAUUCACUUCUCUUUUCAUGUCAAGCAUAUUUUUAACACUGGGGCACAAAACCUUCCCUUAAGUAAGCAACUCCAUGCCCUGAGACUUUUGGCAUGUUGGGGAGCAGUUUCCAACCCACGUGGCUUUUUCCAAGUGUGAAACUUGGGUGGAAGAGCACCCACCCAGCUGUGUUAUUUCACAGGGUUUUUUUUUUUUUAGAUUUUGUUCUAUUUCCCUUUCAGGGGUCAUGUCUGUCAAACGCUACUUGAGUUCUAGAUGUCGUGCUGCUGAGGUUCACGGUCUGUGUUGCAUUGCAGUUUGGGUUUGGUCAGCUUGCAGGCUUUUCUCUAGCUUUGUUCCAGUAAUUUUGUUCCAGUAUUUGUCUUCCUUACAUUUCACUUAGCAUUUGGGCACGGGUGGUUGUUUCCCAAGUAUGUGCCCUUUUAUUUCUUCCGAUGUGCCAUCAAUUAAAAAAAAGGAAAGGGGAGGAAGCGCUAAGACCCCAGACAUUUCCACACUUGAUACUGUUUAUGUUCACUAUUGAUCUCAAGUGUUCACACAUUUUAAGCAUCUUCAUGCAUCUUAUCUUCCUAUGAUCUUUCUCCACAGUUUGCAGCUGAGGCAGGCUAUGAUGUGUAACUCUAGCUGUUUGAGUCUGGGGAACAGUUGGCAGGGAAUGAAAGAGAGAUGCUGUCACUGGUGUCUUCAGACAAACUCUUUGCUGUCUCUCACCUUCCACACAAAUGUGCAUUUCAUCUUGCUAAUCUCCCAACUGAAACAAAAACACCUGGAAUAAUGUUGUAUCCUGUCAUUCUGUUCUGAUGCUAACAUUAUUUACACGUGCCACUAGUGUGCAUUUUUAUCUGUAGCAAACACUGCCACUUCCCCACAUAGAGAAACUACAGAGGGCAGAGAUGCAUUUGUAGCAUUGAAUACGCAAGGAACGGAUGGGGGGGAAAAUGGUGUUUUUCCCAGGGUGGGAAGAAGGCAAGGUACAGCCGAAGUGGGAUGCAAUUGAAGUCUGGUUCUGCCAGGUGCUGCGUACCCACAGCUUCCAUCAAGGGUGCUGAGCCUCAUCUAUUAAGGGUGCUGAGAGGGUUUAGCUGUGCUGCUGUGGUCUAAGGUUAAUACAGUAUGUAGGUAUGUGCUUCAAGUGCUCUUCUGAAUGGGGGCUUAGCCUGAGUCUGUCCACUGAAGUCAGUGAUAACCUUUCCAUUCAGCCCCUGCCUUGAUUUCAGGAAAUAUCAGGAGGUUGUUUAAUAUUAAAGUAAAGCAAUCUUGCCGCUGUUCUUGGUGGUGUUAGGGGAUAUUCACUUGCUGAAAGCACCUUGAUAGGUUGCAGUUUUCAUUACUUGCAAAUGAGUGAAAAUAUGGAAAGUGGCUGAGCUGGCACAGCUUCCUGGAGACUAAAACAGAGCUCAUGCCAUGGUAAAACAAGCUGAUGCUGCCCUGCAUCCUACCUACCCUGUACCAAUAUCUGUCCAGCACCAUGCACACUGAGCUUUUGGGAGCAGAUGAGCUGAAGCACAUAUCAAAUAAGCUUGCCAUACUGUGUUAAACCUGAUUACAGCGUAUUGAUUUGUAGAAAGAACCACUUCACUUGCUUUUCAUCUGAGAUGUGAAUUGCUGUCCCCUUCAUUCGUUCUCUCCCCCCACCCCCUCAUCCCCAUAAUCCCCAGUUAUAAUGAGCAGAACUGGAAAAAAAAAUCUGGGAUGUAUGUAUGGUUUUAAACAAUAGGAUUUGUUUGGGCGAUUUCUGUUAAAUGUUGCCGUUCUGGCAGUGGCCACUGGAGGGCAUAACAGCUUCUUGGGUGCCUGCCUGUUGAUCUGACUGUACAAACUGGUUUGAUUAAAAAUGUGCAUGGAUUUCUCAAGUUCUCAGUGCAGGUUUUCAAAGUUCAGUCUUCUGCUGUUCCACAGCUUCAAAGUGAAUUAAGUAGAGACCCAAGGGGAGUUGUGUGUGUAUAGGUGCUGAUAAGGUUUUCAUGUUCUGACUUUAAGAGUGGUUGUCCUUACAUAGACAAAGUGCAACAGGGCUGACAAGAAGUGGACAGAAACUUAAAAUCUGAGGGGCCGUGAGGAAAUUGGAUUGUGUGUGCGCUCUAUGGCCAGUCUUCCUGAGCAGGACUAGGAGGGUAGAGAUCUGUCUGCAUAGCUCCAGUGAGCCAUGGAGUCAUGUUGACUGCAGGGUUCUGGGAUGGAGCUAUAGGGAAGGCCCACUCUCUCAAAUAUGCAGCAUAGUUCUCUGUUUGGAUUAGACUCAAAAUAUUUCCCACCAAAGAAGAUCUGCUUCUGCCCAGUGCCUGAAAUGCAGCGUAGUGAAUAUGUUUGAUAUUCUUGACAAGUCCUAAGCAAUGCUUUGCUCUUUCAAUGUCAAGCUGGUAUCCUGUCCAGCAGGGAAGACCCCAAUUGAGAGGCCACUUUUGGAGGACUUGGAGCUAAGUGAAAUGGCUAAGAUUAGAUAGGAGGUAACAGUUACUAUAGGCGCUGCUGUUUAAAAACCUGAGACUGAUCAGUGUCCUUUUUUACUACAUAACCAAAAACAUAGCUACAUGCCAACUAAAGUGUGUGAAUUUUGAACACUUGCAUGCACAGAAAAAGUCUGAGCACUCCAGCAGCUUUAAUGUCUCUGCCUCAUACAAUAUUGUGCAGGCAACCAGUUCCUUCCUGAUAAUUUUUUUCAACCCUGCAAGGAAAGUUUGUUCCUAAUGGAAGUUUUUCCAGACUUCAGGGAGAGAAUGAGUUUCUGGAAGGGUUUUUUAUGGAGCUGGUGCUAGCGACAGGCAAUAGCGGCAAUGGAGCAACAUUGGCAAAAGUUCAAGUCAAAGUUUCCCUUCUCUUCUCCCACAAAAGUCAAGACCUCUUGAUUGUUCCUAUGCUCUGCUCGCUGCUGUGAGGCCCCUGUUCAGUUAGAGGGAAGUUGCCUAUGCUUGCUGUAUAGCAAGAGAGAAACCAGCUGUGAAUGCUGGAGAUCAGAUGACCGAGAAUUAUUCAGCAGGUCCCUGGGUUGCUUGGGCUGGGUAGAAAAUGCCUUUCCUUAUUCUUUUGGAGGACUCUGAGCUGACAAGGGGUGGAGUUCCCUAGCUGUCUCUGUUGUGGUUGGCUUUUGAAGCCACGUGCUAGCAAGGCCAAAUGAAAACAUCAGAAUGGCUCAAAGGAGUCUCUAGACUGCUUGAAUAAACAAGAGGAAAAGAGGCAAUGGAGUGUCUGAUCCUGCAACUGGGUUUUGUGUUGGCAGAAUGAUUCAGCCUGCUGUACUUCUCCCAGCUGGCUUGAAUAUGUCUGAGGAGAGAGGUGUCUCAAUAGACUACCUUCCUAAAGUAGCCUCCUUGGCCCUUAGUAGAGCAAGAAGCAGUCCUGCAGGUAGGAUGUUGUGAGCUUGGCCAUCAGCUUGGAAAUGAACAACAAGGCAGCUGCUGGCACGUACUGGUUUGCUGAAAGGACUGGGUAAGGAAGGUCAACUCAUCAGAGUGCAUGUUCAUGAGCUCAGCAGCCUGGUUGCACAUCCUCUAAGAGCUUCCUUAAUUCAUGAGUGUAAGCUCAGUGAAAACUGAAGUGGGCAAUUACUGAUCAAAGCAAAGGGAGUUUCCUUUGUAUCCAGUAUCUUGGGGAAUGUACCAGACACUAGUACCCAGGUCUUAACAGCCCUUUGUUUCCUAAAUCAGAUUAGCCCCUAAUAAAAACCACUAGCACAGAGCAUUUGUUAUGGGGGUGCUUGGCCAGGAGUCCUUGCAAAUAAGCAAGCUGUGUAGCCGUCCAUUCGGAUUUCUCAGUUGCACUUCUGCAAAGUGGGUUAAAUCCUGUUACCCAGGAUCUAAGAUGCGAGAUGCCUGCUCACAUCUUGGCUUUAGCCCAGAGUCUAGAUUGUGUGGGUAUUUGAAGAUCCUAUUAAGCCAGGGAAGGAAGAGCUGACUUAGAUUUUGAAGGACUCUGAACGGAAGAGUCUGUGUGCUGACUCAGGCUUUGUUAGCAGGGGACCAGGUUGGGUGGUCUGCUGCACUGGAAUUCACUGGUGGUGGUUUCUUUUCUUCUUAGUCUGUUUUGGGGAUCAGCGAGUUUGGGCACUAUAAUCGGUCAGUUGGAAGAAAGGCUUGACAGCUGAGAUGCUUCAGACUGAUGUCACUUUCCAAAGACUCCCACCAAGUCCAAAGGUAGACAGACAGCCUGCCCCUAGUGCUUUGUGAUGGAGGCUUCUCCAGAUAUGUAUAAAAUGGGAUUUUUUUUUUUAAAAUUAAAAGAAUGAAUCAAUUGGAAACAUAACAGCACAGCCUCAGUCAACGGUAGCAUUGUUUACACUGCCUGAAAUGCUGAUGGGAUCCAAAUGCCUGCAGACAGGUGGACUGUGGUCCUGAGAUGCCAGGUGCUGGCUCCCAGACUCUCCAAAAGCCUCAACCUGGGCCUGGUACUUCCUUCUGGAAACUGGCUACUGGGAGCUCAGUGGCAGCCUAAGCUGGGUUGUAAACAAGGCACUAUUUGAACAGCUGAAAGUCAGGAGUUUGCAGUGCCCAGCACAAGGGCAUACUGAGGCCAAGGUUUUGCUUGAUGUGCUCAUGCUGAGUUAUAUGUAGUAGCAAGUGUUCCCACGGAUUUUACUGUCUGCCUUUGGUACACGUUUAUUAAAAGGUCUUUAGCUCCUACAGUUGACUUCCAUUGGAUUGAUUAAAAGGGGAAUUGUUGCCAUUAAUGUCAGUGGGAAUAGACGGAAGGGAGGAAAAAUCCUAGAGCCCUGCCUCCGCUCAAUACAUUCCUUAUUCCUGUCUCUGGAAAGAGAUGAUUUCUUGCAGAUUUAGCUGAGUCUCCUUGUUUGCCAUGUGCAUUCAGCUCCAGGAGUGCCAGUGCUAGCAGGUUCAAUGCAUUUGAGGAGGAAGACCACCCAUCUUGCCACAAGAAUCCCUUCUCUUCCCAAUGGUUCUGUACAAUUGGAGAAUAGAUUUCACCAUGCCAAAACCUCCAGAGCUGUUGGUUUGGGGGUGUUCGCCCUUUCUUAAAAAACACGGGGUCAGCAUGCGUCUGUCAGUGAUAUAUCUCAUGUACCUCCUGCCAUCUGUAGCCAACCCCAGAGUUUCACUUCGUACUACUGUGAUCUUCCUGAGAGUUACCAUUCUCUGGAUCUGAUGUGUUCUCAGCCAUUAUCUGCUUAUUUCUCUGUGCAUAGUUUUUUGAUCCAUGUUUUAGCAAUACACGUAGCCUUGCCUUUCUUUGACUGAAUGUCAGAAUGUGAUAUAUUGUAUAUUUUAAAGUAUUUACCCUAUUUAUAUACUGUAUGUUACUGUUAAAAUAAAUAUAAAUUCCAUUAUCUGUGGCUAAGUUCAUGC